AUGGGAGAGAGUGAAAUGAGCAGGAAAAAAAUACAAAAAAAUAAUCUACGUGUAGACCAUGGCCAUGCACAAGUCCACGAGAUAUUUGAUAGCGGCCGUGAUUUUCGUGGUGGCGCUCGUUGCGCUGUCGCGGACGCCGUCGGCGGAACCGCUGCGCGAGCUGCACCCGACGGUCAACCGCGUCAACCGGCUGAAUCGGUACUCCUCGUCGAUCAGCAAGUACGGGCUGCAAUUCAACGAGAAGCUGAUGGGCACGGGCAAGGGCGCGCAGCAGGAGCAGCUCGUGGACGCGAACCACGACGGCAGGCUGACGUUCGACGAGAUCGUCCAGGUGCUCGAGUUUGGCCAGUCGAAAUACAACAGCACGAGCGAGGACAUCGUCGAGGAGAAUAUGGACUUCUACAGGGAGGUGUACUCGAAAAAGGUGACGGAGCCGAAGUUUGCCAAGCUGACGUACAACGUGGUGUACGACGAGACGGGGCUGAAGCGGGUGCUGACGAAGGACGAGUAUCCGCGGGCGAACGCGACGAUGCUGACGCUGGUGAGGAACAAGGAGCUCAAGGCGAUCGUGCACACGAUCCGGCAGAUCGAAAACACCUGGAACCACAACUUCCACUAUCCAUCAUUCCGGCCGAGAUCUGGAAGAAACCCUCCAACAUCGACCCGGAGAAGGAGAAGGCGGGGAUCCAGAAACUGAUCGAGAACGGCGUGCAGUACGCGGACAUGGAGAGCUACCACAACAUGUGCCGUUUCAACUCCGGCUGGUUCUACCGGCUGGAAGGUCUCAAGAAGUUCAAGUGGUACUGGCGAUUCGAGCCCAACACAGACUACUACUGCUCGAUCGACUACGACAUCUUCAAGUUCAUGGAGGACAACGACAAAACGUACGGGUUCACGAUCUCGCUGUACGACGACCCGCUCACGGUGGAGUCGCUGUGGCCGGUGACGCUGGACUUUGUGAAGAAGAACCCGCAGUACGUGCACCCGAACGGCGCGUUCCGGUGGCUGACCGACUCGGUGCAGAACCCGGAGUACACCAAGCUGGCCAACGGGUACUCGACGUGCCACUUCUGGUCGAACUUUGAGAUCGCCAACAUGGACUUUUACCGGGGAGAGGCGUACUCGAGAUGGUUUGAUGCUCUGGAAGCCGCGGGCGGGUUCUACUACGAGAGAUGGGGAGACGCGCCGGUGCACUCCGUGGGGGUGGCGCUGUUCGAGGACAAGAGCAAGAUCCACUGGUUCCGCGACAUUGGCUACCACCACGCGCCGUACAAGUCGAUCCCCAACUCGGACAAGUGCACGGCGCCCGAGGACUCUGGCUACUUUGCGCCCGAGGACGUGCACCGCCAGAACUGUCUGCCGAACUGGAUCAAGUACGAGAUGACGCACAAGGAGCUGCAGCAGUAUUAA